AUGGUAGCGACAAUCCCCAAGCUCGUGCUUCUCCUCGGUGUCUCUGCGACGGCCGUCGUCGGCGACUGCGGCACGGCACGCGCGCCCACGGCCCGCUUCCAAGUGCUCUCGUACAACGACGUGUACGAGAUGCAGAACGAGACCGACGCCUCGCAGUAUGGCGUCCUCGUCGGCGGCCCCUCGCGCGUCAUCCCCAUCGCAAAGAAGCUCCGCAAGAACUUUGAAAACAGUUUGGUCAUCUUUGCGGGCGACACCAUGUCGCCGUCGCUCUGGUCCGGCCAGUUCAAGGGUAUCCAGAUGAUCGAGGCCCACAACGCGCUCAGUGUCGACUUUGCGUGCCUCGGCAACCACGAGUUUGACUUUGGCAUCGACGCGUUCCUCAACGUCUCGGCCGCCUCCAAGUUUCCUUGGCUCAACGUCAACGCGUACGAGAAGUCGACCGGCCAACUCCUCCGCGGCACCAAACCGUAUGAAGUCAAGGUGCUCAACUCGCCGACGAUGGGGACGAUCAAGAUCGGCGCCUUUGGUGUCAUGUACGAUAUGCAGGACGCGACCACGGGCAUGUACUGGAUGGACCCGGUGAACGCGUCGAUCCCGGUCGUCAAGACGCUCCGUGAGGUCGAGAAGGUCGACAUGGUGAUUGCGCUCACGCACCAGUUCCUCGACGACGACAACCGCUUCUCGCAGCUGGUCAAGGGCGUCGACAUGAUUUACGGCGGCCACGACCACUCGGCGAUGCUCCAGACCAACUUUGGCACGCCGUACCUCAAGUCGGACCUCAACUUCCGCAGCAUUUGGGUCUCCGACAUCAAGUACUAUGCGCCGUUCCAGUCGGAUCCAAAGACGUUGAACAAAGCGUUCACCAAAAUGAGCCACAAGAACCUCGCGAUCACGAACGAGAUGCCGUCCGACCCGGCGUUUGACGAGAUCAUCAAGUCGUACGACGCCAAGAUCAACGUGCUCUUCAAGCGCAAUGUCGGCUCGCUCUGCGCCGAAACCGACUUGACCGCCAAGCUUCUGCGCCAAUCCGAAGCGCCGAUCGGCAACUUCUUUGCCGAUGCAUUCAAGGACUACUACAAAAAGGUGGCGGUCGAUGUCGGCUACAUGAACGCCGGCGGUAUCCGCACAGACAAGAAGUGGUCGGCCGGUCUAUUCUCGCUCGGGGACCUCAUCUCGUGGUCGCCGUUUGGCAAUAUGAUUGCGGUCAUCGCGACCGACGGCGCUAGCUUCAAGAAGUUUCUGGGCACCCAGCUCGCGCAGACGUGCGACAAGGGCAACAACCUCAUGCUCAACGGCUUUUACCCGCAGAUCGCCGGCGUCAAGGUCUCGUACAAGUGCAGCGGCGAAAAGGCGGGCGCGAUCACAAGCCUCCAGAUUCGGACGCGUUCAACGUUGCCCUCUCGACGUACAUGA